ACGAGUCUUGUGUUCACGGUAUAAAUACCGCCCUGGAUAUUGUUAAGCGACAUCAGACAAGUUCAAGUAUCCGAGCUAAUCACAACAACCCAACAAGAUGUUCAAAUUCGCUGCUGUUUUCCUCGCCAUCCUGGCCUGCGCCUCUGCCAAGCCCGGUUUCCUGAGUGCUCCAUUGGCCUACACUGCGCCCGCUGCCUUUGUAGCCGCACCUGCUCCAGUUGUCACUGCAACCAGUAGCCAGGUGUUUGCCAGGAACUACAAUGGAAUCGCUGCUGCUCCCGUGAUCGCUCCAGUUGCUGCUCCUCUGGCUGCUCCUGUGAUCGCCAAGUAUGCCGCUGCUCCUCUGGCCACUCCUUUGGCCUACCACGCUGCUCCUCUUGCCUACACCUCGCCUCUGGCCAGUCCUCUGGCUUACUCAGCUCCUCUAGCCUAUAACACAUUUCCUGCCCACGCACCAGUUCUGUUGUAAGAACCUUCCAAUAAACAAAAUCCGAAUUUAAGAAA